UGUAUAGUAGUGUCAAUUUUAUGGUGAACUGUGGAGUGAACGUCGCGUGAAAGCGGAACGGCCUAUGAAAAAAAAAGUACAGUGUAGGUACUCAUAUCAAACUGGCUUUAUCUCAAAAAUCUUUCAAAAAUUGAGUAUUAAUUUUUAAAAACAAGUAAUUUACUCCUAAAACCUAAAGAAGGUAUACAAUCGUCGUUCACGGUUGAGUGUCAACUCCGUUAGGCAUAAGUUUUACAAGAGAGGAGGUGUGCGAAAUGGGUUUGGACUUGGAACGUUUCCAAGGAGACGUUGAUGAAGAACUCGUGUGCCCAAUAUGUUCCGGUGUUCUCGAGGAUCCUGUCCAGGCACUUGUGUGUGAGCACGCUUUUUGUCGAAACUGCAUUCAAGAAUGGAUCAGUCGUCAGCCAAUUUGUCCACUCGAUCGCACACCUAUUACUGGCACACAACUCAGACCGGCUCCGAGAAUCCUUAGAAAUUUACUCGCCCGUUUGUGCGUCAAUUGCGAUAACUUAGUUCACGGUUGUCAGUCGAUCAUCAAACUGGACAGUCUAGCUUCACACCUCGAAGAAUGUGAAUUCAACCCUAAGCGACUAAUUCCCUGCGAACAAGGAUGUAGUCUUAUAAUCCCAAAAGACGAAAUAAAAAAUCACAAUUGCAUCCGAGAGUUGAGAAAUCUAAUACAGUCACAACGACAGAAACUUUCCGAUGUGAAGAGAGAAUUGAGUGAACAGCAGUUUCAAAUAAACGAGCAGAAACGAGAAAUUCAGCUUCUCAAGGAGUUUAUGAAGGCUAUCAGGAUCUCAAAUCCUUUGAUGAGAACUAUCGCUGACCAAAUGGAACGGGACGAAAUCAUUCGAUGGGCUGGUUCCCUUCCCAGAGCAAGGGUCACUCGCUGGGGAGGAAUGAUUUCCACUCCUGAUGAAUUAUUACAAACUUUAAUUAAAAGAACCCUAUCGGAAAUAAAUUGUCCAUCUCACGUGAUCAACGAACUCAUGGAGAAUUGUCACGAAAGGAAAUGGCCUCCAGGACUGAAUUCUCUCGAAACAAGACAGAACUCUAGGCGACUUUACGAAAAUUACGUUUGCAAGAGGAUUCCCGGGAAACAGGCGGUAUUAGUUUUACAUUGCGAUAAUAUGCAUAUGCCGGAAGACAUGAUUGUCGAGCCAGGAUUAGUCAUGAUUUUCGCACACGGUAUUGAAUGAAAAUAAUACAUUCAUACAUACUAGGAAGGCCAAAAAUUCAAUGUUGUUUUCUUAAGAAUCACCCAGGAAUUGUAGGAAAAUAUUUUUUAAUUGAAUUUUCUAUAAAUAAAUUAUGCAAUCGUUGUUAAUAAUUUCUGAUUUAGAAAUUGUGAAGGGUGUUUCUUAAGGAAAAAAUUUUGUUUUUUCAUAGACCAAGCUAUUGUAUAUUUUUAUAAUCAAUGUGAAUCGGUAUGGAACGCCAAUCAUUUGUAAAACAUACACCAUCAUCAUCAAAUCAUCAACAUGAAUAUCGACAACAGCCACUCGAACUGCGAAAGUUGUUAUUUUUUUUACCUUAGAUUUUAAAAGAAUUUUAAUUGCACUUUUAGAUGUAAAGAGCGACAUUUGACACGUGAGAUACUUUUUAAUUUAAUCGAGAGUGGACAACCAUCACUCGACUAGUAGCACGAUGUUGUCUGUCUCCGUUUUAGUUUUAACGAAACUUGUGAUAACUACCUGAAUUUUCACUUUAUAAAGUGAUGCGUAAUAUCCAGAUGAAUUAAAGUUGUAAAGACUUCA